CAUAAUUUAAAUAAAUCAAAAAAUUCGAAUUUAAAUAAAACAAAAAAUUGGAUAUAUCACUGCACCACCUAACGUGAAAUAUUGAAUUAAAAUUAUAGGCACAUUUUCUUAACCUCGAAGGUUUAAGAAAGAGUCAAUAUAUAUAUAUGUCAGGUUAUGUUUCUUCCAUUCACGUGUUCGGCUUUGAUAAAUAUUAAUAUCAAAGCAAGAUAGUGUUAAAUUAUUUUAUAACAUACAAUAUUGAAUUUAUUGUAUUUACCGUUUAAAAAUUCAUCGUUUUUAAUGAAAUGGGACGAAAGGCGAAAUUCGAUAAAACUGAUGUACCUAAUAGCAAAGUUAAAGGUAAAGGUAAAAAAGCAAAAAAGCAAGGAGAUCCAAUAUUUGAAAAAUUAGCAGUAAAAAAUGAAAGUGCAUUGAGUCAUCGUCAAAAACAAAGAGCUAAGAAAAGAUUAUUGAAGAAACAGAAAUUAAAAGAAAAUGUAAAAAAUAUACAAAAACUCAAAGACACAGGGAACAUUAAAAAAUUAAAUAAAAAUAAAAAAUUAAAAAAUGCAAAGAAAUUGUUGAAUAAUGAUACAGAAGAAGAAGAAGAAACCAAUGAUAUGGAAGUUAGCGAGGAAAAUGAAGACGAUAUCAAAAAUAAUGAUCAAAAGAAAAAAUUGAAUAAUAAUAAUAAGGCAAUACAAAAGAAGAAAUUAAAGAACGCGAAGAAUUUGUUGGACAAUGAUACAGAUGAAGAAACUGAUGAUACAGAAUCUAGCGAGGAAGAUGAAGAAAAUGAAAGUAUGAAUGAUGAUGAUGAAGAAGAUGAUUUAUUGCCAAUAGAAAAGGCAAAUAAAAAGUUAAAGAAGAAAAAAGAAAUGGAAGAGCAACUUGCGGAAGCAGAAAUGAAAGAAAUGAGUAAUCAACAUAGUGUUUUUUCAUUUCCUACGGAAGAAGAAAUUGCUGAUGUUACAGAUUUGAAAGAAAUACAACAACGUAUACGAGAUGUUAUGAUGGUAUUAUCAGAUUUUAAAAAUUUACGAGAAGAAAAUAGAUCACGUUCAGAGUAUUUAAAAUUGUUUCAACAUGAUUUAUGUACAUAUUAUAGUUAUAAUAAUUUUCUUAUGGAAAAAUUAAUGCAAAUGUUCCCAUUGGAUGAGUUACUUGAAUUCUUAGAAGCGAGUGAAGUACAAAGGCCUAUGACUAUUCGUACAAACACAUUAAAAACUCGACGUCGUGAUUUGGCAGAAGCGUUGAUCAACCGAGGUGUUAAUUUAGAUCCUCUAGGAAAAUGGACAAAAGUUGGAUUAGUAGUAUUUUCAUCGCAAGUACCAAUGGGUGCAACUCCAGAAUAUCUAGCAGGACAUUAUAUUAUUCAAGGAGCAUCAAGUUUUCUCCCAGUUAUGGCAUUAGAUCCUAAAGAAAAUGAAAGAAUUCUGGAUAUGUGUGCAGCACCAGGAGGAAAAUCUUCUCAUAUUGCUGCAAUCAUGAAAAAUACAGGGGUUCUAUUUUCUAACGAUGUCAAUCAACAAAGGAUAAAAGCUGUUGUUGGUAAUUUUCAUCGGCUUGGAAUUGUCAAUUCAGUUAUUUGCAGUUACGAUGGAAGAAAAUUACCUUCUAUUAUGAAAGGAUUUGAUAGAGUGUUAUUGGAUGCACCUUGUACUGGUACUGGUGUUGUUGCUAAGGAUCCUAGUGUAAAAACCAAUAAAGAUGAAGUGGAUGUACAACGUUGUUGUACUUUACAACGAGACUUAUUACUAGCAGCUAUAGAUUGUGUUAAUGCUAGGUCUGAGACAGGUGGUGUUAUAGUUUAUUCAACAUGUUCAGUUCUUCCGGAAGAAAAUGAAUGGAUUAUUGAUUAUGCAUUGAAAAAACGCGACGUCAAAUUAGUGCCUACUGGUCUAGAUUUUGGUGCUGAUGGUUUUACAAAUUAUAGACAACAUAGGUUUCAUCCUUCUCUUAAAUUGACCAAACGUUUUUAUCCACAUGCUCACAAUAUGGAUGGAUUUUUUGUAGCAAAACUUAAAAAAUUCUCUAAUAUUAUUCCAAAACAAGAAGAAAAAACUGUUGAAACGUCGGAAUAAAAAAAUUAGAUAAACACAAUUUAACAUUAUUACCAAUGAAAAGGUGUUAUUACAUAAUUACUCUACAAUAUGAUAUAAAUUUAAAUUAAUUUACAUUACAAAAUGUAGAUAAUUUUAUAAUCUUUUAUG